GGGACAGACCCCUCGGACCCGUCGUGGAAGCCGCUGACCUCCACCCAGUUACCCGCAGGCAGGGGAGUGACGAUGGAUCUGAUGCAGCGGCAGGUAAACGAGUCCUGGAGGGCGACAGUCGAGCAACGGGAGCAGAGGAGAGGGCUGCCCGGGAGAGGCACUGAACCCCGUCCCUUUGCCGGGGAGGGUCCACAGGACUAUGUGGAUGAGAUGCCUCAGCAGGGCACAUCAGUUUUCCCCACGGGCCUGUCGGGAAGGAGCCAAAUGCCUGGGAAGGGAGAAUUUCGGGUGAAGUUCAACGGGGACCCCAAACAGCUGUCUUAUUUCAUUACAAACGUAAGACACUUCAUGGAGGAUUUUGGGGACCAAUUCCCUUCAGAAAGCGCAAAAAUCCACAUGGUGGGGGCAAACUUGAAAGAAGCAGCUGCAGACUGGCUAAUGCAGAUGUAUGAUACUGGUGCCCGGGAGCUAGCCUGUCUGGAGGAUUUCCUAAGAGCCCUCCGUGAGAGAUUCGAAGACCCUUUGGCAGAGGAGAGGGCGAAGGCCCAACUCAAAAGGAUAUACCAGGGAGGAAGGACAGUGUCAGAAUAUGCCCUGGAAUUUAAAGCCACAGCGGGGAAGAUCAGGGACUGGUCCGACACCACCAAACUGGAAUAUUUCAGGGCUGGUUUAUGCUCUGAGGUGCUCGAGUGGGCUUUACACAGAGGAAAUCCAAGAGACUUGGAGGACUGGAUUUUGCUAGCGGGGCGCGUGGAGGUGGACCAACAGCAAAUCUCUCGUCGUCCAAGGGAGAGCAACAGAAUCAAACCCCCGACAGCAGCAACACGGCGCUUCUCCCCUCGUCGCGGAAGGUCGACCAGCAGGGAGAGGAGAGCAGGGAGGGGGGCCUGCUUCGCUUGCGGCCGCGAGGGACAUCGAGCGGCAGAGUGUCCGAAAGGGACAGGCGUGGAGACAAAAGGAGAGAGGCUUCACAGCCAGAAGCCACCCCACCAGAGCUCCAAACUAGCAAAAGGGAAAGCUGCCAUGGCAACGGAAACGGCUUUAGCCCCAGGGCAGCUUCAGGCAGAAGAGAUGGAGGAAGCGGAGGACCUGGAGUUACCGGGAAACGACUGGGAUCUGUUUUGAACGCCCGGAAACAGAUCGAACCACCAGAGGGCGACGGGGGUGAGUUGAGAAGAGUAAAUUGUGACAUUGUGAGAGUCAGAGUGAGGCUGUUGAACCCAGAGACAGGG